CAUCGGAGACCAAAACAAAGAAAAUCGACGAGCGAGAAGACUACUUCAUCAAGGAAGAACUCACUACAUACAGACUGUUGUAGCACGAACGAUAUUACACAGAGGAGCGAAAAACGGUCGUCAUUGGGCCGGCAUUUGUGGCAUGGUUUUGACAUUUUCGCUGCCCUUGCAGCGCGACGAGCUCUUGGAGAUUAAGGCCGAUCCCAACGAGUACCGCGUCCGCCAGAUCUAUCCCAUCCGCGAUCUCCCCACCAAGCUCAAGGAUGCGGAAAUGGCCUUGGGUGGGUCCGCCAGUGGCGGAUUUACCUGUUUGUUGCCCGAAUCCGAGGGCGGGGGCGACUUCUUCGAUGUGUUCUUUUCCGUACUCGUCCAUUUCCACAAGGACUUGUCGAAAGAGGCCAAACGUAAAGCUUGGGAAUGGAUCCAGGAGGCCUUUGGUGGGCUGGUCCAAACCCUGGAUCGGGAACUAAACGCCGCCAGGGGUGUGUCUAAUGAGAGCACCCAUGAGGAGCGCGGACAGUGGACCGUGGCUAUGAAGAUGCUCGUGUAUCUAUUUACGCAAAUGAUUGAAAUGAUGGAAGCCAAUGAAACGUCCUCGUCUGACUUGCUCAUGAGCAAGGCCAGUCACAAAAUCAAAAAGACCCUUGUCUCGGAUAACUGUGUCUGGGAUGGUGAGGCCAAAACUAGGGCCCUUUUAUUGUUAUACCGUUGGGCUCAGUUGCCUUUGCGAUAUCUCUUUGAGCCGCCCAUAGUGGAGGAGGAAGUGAUCAAUGCAACGGCCAACUGCCUCUUCAGGAUCCUGGAAAAUCCAUCCAUCGCUCUGCAACGUAGCAAAGAUCUGCGCCAGUCCAGCUUUCAAAUCUUGGGCGUGCUGUGCUCGGAUUACGGCUAUCUUCUCUCGUGUCGUCUGAAGAUUGUCCAAAGUCUCCGACAUUUUGAGCAUCUUGGAUCCACAUUGGCCGAAGCCGUCGUGUUGCUAGCCCGCGAAAACGGUUGCUCUUCCGUAAUCAUGGAGAUCGUGCGAGACUUGGCUCAAAUUGAUCCCCAAGAGCUUCAACGAGAUACCUCGGCCACUCGAGCUUACGCCACGUUCCUCACCGAGAUCACCGAAGCCGUGCCAGAAAUGAUGAAGCCAUGUUUGAGCCUGCUCACUCUCCACUUGGACGGGCCUUCGCCCAGCUUGAGAAAGUGCGUUCUGGCCAUAUUGGGCGAAAUCACUCUUCAAGUGUUCGGUGGAGAAUCAUUGGAAGAUGCGGAGCGUGAAACCCGAGACCAGUUCCUCGAUUGUUUGGAGGAUCACAUCCACGAUGUCCACGCCCAUGUUCGUACUAGCGUUCUUCAAAUCUGGACUAAGCUCUGUUCGGCCAAGGCCAUUCCCUUAAACCGACAGCAACGCCUUUUGAAGUUGGUCAUGGGGCGAUUACAUGACAAAUCGUCGAAUGUGCGGAAACAGGCUGUCCAGCUCUUAACGGCUCUUCUUCAAUGCAAUCCCUAUCGUGCCAGUAUGCCUGUUGAGGAAUUGAAAGAAGAAUUGGAGAAAGAGACGAGUAAGUUGCGGCAACUCACCGGUGAACCCGAAGAAGACAUGGCUUUGAAGAACCUUCAAAUGUGGGAAGACAAUCAAGAAGACGUGAUGAAUGCUAUCGAUGAGAUUGCAGAGAGCCCCGAGUCCGAACAGGAGCACGAAGGAGAGGCCUUGUGGGAAAAUGCCAGUCGCAAUGAGGUGGUUCUCAGAAUCAAGCAUCUUCUGUCCAAAAAGAAGCCGACGCGAGCCGUGGAACUCCUUCGUGCAGCGCUGAACCAUUUUCCUCAAGAUGAGAUCUUCAUUCCGAAAGAUGAUGAGCAAAUGGAAACUGAGCAUUGGUUUGAUCUGUUGAAAGCCAUUGCGUUGUUCGAUUCCAACGCCAUGGAUAAGAACUCUGACGAAGAAGCCAAUGAAGAAAUCAACAAGCAAAAAGUCGUAGUCGCUUAUCUUCAAGAUUCCUUCGGUUUCGCCCAAUUGGUUAACGAGGCCCUACCAACGGUGGCCGUUCUUCUGGGAUCCAAACUCAGCUCCGAUAUCAUGGAAGCCAUUCAAUUCUUUGUGUCGGCUUUUGAAUUUGGAGUUCUCAACGCCAUGAUUGGUGUGAGAAAAAUGUUGGCUCUCAUCUGGUCCCAAGAGGUCUCUGUCCGAGAAGCAGUCUUAGGGGCUUACAAGAGGCUCUACGUCGACGGUGUCGAUGUCAAUUCCAAAGAGCGGGCUCAAAUGAUCGUCAGGAAUUUCAUUGCUUUGGUGAGCGGAGCCACAGUAGGAGAGCUGACAUCUCUCGAGGAGCUCGUGGGGAUGUUGGUGAAGUCGAAAGACAUUGGUGUGGAUUGCUUCAACCUUUUGUGGCAAUACUUUACCAUGAUGCUACCUACUGUCACGCAAGAAGAAUCUCGAGGAGCUAUUGUUCUUUUGGGUAUGGUGGCCACGGUGGAACCAACGGUCAUUACCACAAACUUGGCUCUUCUUUUAGAAACUGGCUUGCAGAAACGUAGGAAACAAGACCUGGGCAUGGUUCACGAUAUCUGCCUGGCCUUGACCAAAUUGGGGAACUUUAAAGUGAGCUCGAGUGAUGGCCAAAGCUUUCCCGGGCUCAAAUUCGAUGCUACCCAUGAGCUGUUUGUAAGCUUGGAAGACAUUUUAGUCGAAGGCGUCGCUUCUAGAGCUUCAAGUUAUAUACCCAUGAGCCAAAAAGCCGUUUCGGUCAUCUACCAAUUGUCCGAAGAACCGGACAAAAUCUUGGAACGCAUCUUGAAACGUGUGUCCUCAAACCUAUUUCGAGACGAUCAACAGAUCCCAACCCGAAGUCUUAGCAGACUCUUCGCACUUGUCGGAAACGUUGCUCUUAGCCAGCUGAAUCAUUUAGAGGUCUCUAUUUUGAAUGAGUUAAAGCGACGAAAAAUGAUCAAAGAGGCCCUGAAAGAGCGCAAUAGCCGAAAAUCGAUUGGAGGGAGUGCGAGAAGAAAUGGAAGACAGAGUUUGAAAGGAGAGGACGGAGAGGAUAACUUGGAGGUCAUGGGUGCGGAAGCGGAUGACGCCGAAAUCGAAUAUAUCCGUCAGGUGUGCGAGAAAGAAGUCGUGAGUGGCCCCGAGUGUCUCCUCUCCCAGUUCUUACCCUUGGUAGUACAUGUGGCGAGCCAUCCAUCGGAAUACAGUGAUCCAAACCUUCGGGCUUCCGCUGGUUUAGCUCUCUCCAAGUUAAUGCUGGUGUCUUCUGAAGUUUGUGAUGAGCAUUUACAACUAUUGUUCACUCUAAUGGAAAAGAGUCAAGAAGAGGUGAUUCGGGCCAAUCUCAUUAUUGCCACGGGAGAUCUCUCCUUCAGAUUUCCGAAUAUCCUCGAGCCCUGGACCCCUCGAAUGUACGCUCGGCUCCGAGAUGACUCUACUCUGGUUCGGAGCAAUACCUUAAACGUGCUUACACUUCUAAUUCUCAACGAUAUGAUCAAGGUGAAAGGGCAGAUUUCGGACAUGGCCUUGUGUAUUGACGAUGGGAAUGAGAAGAUAUCAGGCUUGGCCAAACAGUUUUUCACUGAAUUGGCGCGAAAGGGCAAUGCAUUGUACAAUGUAAUGCCAGAUAUAAUCUCUCGUCUCUCGGAUGUAGCAAGUGGUGUUUCCGAGGAGAAAUUCCGAACCAUCCUCUCCUUCAUUGUUGGGCUCAUUGAAAAGGACAAGCACUUGGAGUCGCUUGUGGAGAAGCUCUGCCAUCGUUUUAGAGCCACUCAGUCCUCGCGACAAUGGAGAGACCUUUCCUACUGCCUUUCGUUGUUCUCGUUCAAUGAAAAGGCUCUGAAAAAGUUACAGGAUAAUUUUGCUUGUUUAAGUGAUAAAUUGCACGACGAGAGCGUUUACAACUCCAUCUCGGGUAUCCUCGUGCAAUCGAGGAAAAACAUUCGUGUAGAGGCCAAAGUGAUGAUUGAAGAAAUCGAAGAAAAAUUGGAUGAAGCCCGAAAGAAGUGUCUGGAGGAUUACGCUGCUAGUUCUCGAGCCGUGGCGGCCAAGGACACCAGCAAUAAAGAUGGAAGGAAACAAGAAUAACGCGAAAAACAUUAGUGGAGGAAAAUAGUCGAAUGAAUCAAUGGGACGGGAGUAUACCACCGAUUUACCCAAUGACUUUUACGACGGAGUAGGAGUGUAAAUAAACAACUAUCUUUUCGAAGCUUACAAAGACAGAAUAAAUGGGCUGUGGAAAACAAUACCAUGGGGACUGAAACAGAAAUAAAAAUAUACAUGCUUUUGAUGAAAAA